AGUGGCUACGCCUCGGUGCUGCCGUCCCUGCGGUCCGCAGGACUCACGCACCUCAUCAUCGUGGACGCUCCUGGGUGGGGACAGGACGCAGCGAGCAUCGCACAGCAAGGGCGUGUCGUUUUUGAGGCGGAUCCCGAGCGCAAUUUGAUCUUCUCGAUCCACAUGUAUGAGGUAGCUGCCCCAGAUGCUGCGACCGUGAGGCGCCACAUCGACAACAGUCUGGCAAUUGGUGUCCCCGUCAUUAUUGGCGAGUUCAGCGACCGCCAGAGUGGCAAGCCCGUCGACUACAAGUCCAUCAUGCAGUACUGCUCGGAGCGAUCGGUUGGAUGGCUAGCAUGGUCUUGGCAUGGUAACAAUGAAGAUACGGCUAACAUGGAUCUUUCUCGUGGUGUCAAUGGUGGCCUGACUUCUCUCGGAAGUGAAAUUAUCUACGGAGCACAUGGAAUUCAAAGCCAGUCCAAAAUCCCUAACAUCUGGUAGAUGACCUGAUUGGUGUUCAAUAAAUCACUCUCAGUACAAGAAAA